UCCUGUGUACUGCUCUCUCGGUUGGAGUGGGGACAGCCAUUGAGAGCCAGGGCGUGUCACCUGUUUGGGAAUUAGGAAAUACGUUGGUGUGUUUGUAGAAAGUCCCUCCUUCAGGUUGACCCCGGGUGGUUUGUGAUGACCACAGCGUUCAACGGCCGACACAUCGCCACCAGCUAGCUGCGGUCCUGUCUAUCGAUGGCUGGCUCACCCGUCGACUCGGUGAAUCAGACUGCUGAAGCUGGAGCUGAAGCUGGAGCUGAAACUGGAGCAGUGGGGUCUGACCCAAACUACAUUGCUUUUGUUCUGGUGCCGGUUUUCUUCGUUCUGGGCCUGUUGGGGGUGGUGAUCUGCCACGUGCUGAAGAGGAAGGGCUACCGGUGCACCACUGAGACCCAGGAUGGCGAGGAGGAGGAGUGCCAGGAAGAAAAGGAUUCUGAGCUGGGCGGAGACAUGAAUGACACCUUUAGUGAAAACAACGACACCGUCGGGCAGAUUAUCCACUACAUCAUGAAAAAUGAAGCAAACUCAGAUGCCCUGAAAGCCAUGGUUCAUGAAACUAGCAUUGAUUCAGACGGUCCUCCACUCACCCCCACCUCGCCCGACACGCCUCCUCCCAUAUCACCGGGUGCACCCCCAGCAGCCGCCAAGCACACCUGCAACCACCUGCACACCAUCGGCGGCCUCAGCGGCCACAAGAACAACUGCACCCGCUGCAGCCAGAAGAAAUGGCCGCUAAUAAGGAGGCCGUCGGCACGUAAGGCAGAGCAGCGCCGCAGCAACCUCGGAGAGGUCACGGUCCUGGCUGUGGGCAGGUUCCGGGUGACGAAGUGUGAAAAACCUCCCAGGGAGAGGCGGACCCUGCUAAUACCAGACUCCAAUGGGAGUGUUCCUACAUCUCCCGCGGAGCCCAAGAGCCGGACGACGUCUGAGUCCCAGCAGAUGGACAACUUGGACAAAGAGAAACGCUAGAAAUCCAGAUCACCAAAGAGAGGAGGAAAACGACAUCUGGACAUCUAUUUUAAACCCCAAACAAGAACAUUAAACCAUCAGCAGUGGAGGAGCGAAGCAAGCAAGAGACUCAACCUGGGGCGUCGUCCCUCCACAUUCCUGCUCCGCAGGGAGAUAAAAGUGCUGCUGAUGAUGAGGACGCAGGAGGCGAGAGCAACAUUUAGAGUCACACUAGUCAGUUAUUUUACAAGCAGAAGAGGGGUAAGGUGUGUGUGCUUGUGAUACACUCCGUGUCCUUUUAAAAUAGAUUUAUGACAGUGCCUUGCUCAAGGAGCAUUAAAGGAGGGGAGCUGCUUAACGUCAAGAAAGCCUGUCUCGCGGAUGUGUUCCACGGUGUAUGUACAUAUAUGACGUAUAGAAGAGUUUUUACAUGUUGUCACCCAGUUAAUCGAUAAAGCUACACCCCAGAAACAGGUACAGCCAGUGUGACACGGAGCCAGCAAGUAGACCGGACCAUCGGCAGGUCAGCACUAAACGUAUCCUGUGCCGGCGGGAACAUGAUGUCGGUGUGUGCCUCGUCGUCAGGAUGAUCGUAACAGGUCAACGUGUCGGCUUUUCAAACUGAUAAAAGCAGCAUUCGGGGCCAAACAACAAAUUAGCUCUAAUUUUCAGAUACAGGCUGUUUUCUCUUAAAGUGACCAUAACCUGAAACCGUGAACCUGCAUCCUGUGACACGUCGGUCUGUGCCAAGCCAAAUUUACCUUUUAUAAUUACCCCACGUGUCAUUACUAAAUCUUUAAACCUGCAUUAAUUGUUUUUCUUUUGUCCGUCUGUGUGGCUGUAAACACAACAUGACAUAUUAUUAAAAUGUUGUUUUGGCAACCGUGUUGGCAAACAGUUGCCUCUUCACACAUCGAGCAGACAUUCACCAGCGGUCACGUGGAGUGUCCAAGUUUCCGUCUGCCUGAUGAAGUCCGACGUUCACUCUUCUGUUAGCUCUGCUUUGGUCUCCACCAAGCCAUAUUGUCCCAGAGACUACACAUUUAAAACAGAAAGCCUUUCUUACAACUUGGAGUUACAGAGUUUGAAAGACGCAGGUGUUUUACCAGGCAGAGAGUGUCUCAUGAAACGAUGCAUUCAUUGCAUUAUGGGAAAUGUAGUAUCCAGUAUUUGUUUAUUUUUUGCUGGGCCCAUACUAGAGACUAAAGGUCAAUAUAUCACUCUUUUAAAAAUAAUCUCUUAUGCGAGGCCUGCAACGUUAUAAAAGUACAAAACGAAAUCCCCGGUGUAGCCCUUUAAAGACCCCUGCGAGCUUAAGACAUGAUCAUACAAAUGAUCCCAGAUCUUUGUGAUCAAAACGUGUUCUUUUAAACAUGUGUUUGUUGAUUUGUCAAUGUCAUUUCAUCGUGCCCAAUUUUUUUUUUAUUAAAACAUACCUUUUGUUAUUCAUAUGUUGGAACCAUUCGCUGGGUUUUUAUUGUUGUAUUGUAAUGAAAUAAAUAAAUAUAGCAAAUAAAGAUGACUAAUACAUAUCC